AUGCUCCUCAACGGCAGCGCUGGGGGAGGAGGUAAAGGAGGCAAAGGCCUGGCAAAAGGCGGGGCGAAGCGGCACCGCAAAGUGCUCCGUGAUAACAUCCAGGGCAUCACCAAACCAGCCAUCCGGCGCCUGGCUCGCCGUGGCGGGGUCAAGCGCAUCUCGGGCUUGAUCUACGAGGAGACCCGCGGGGUGCUGAAGGUUUUCCUGGAGAAUGUGAUCAGGGAUGCGGUCACCUACACUGAGCACGCCAAGCGCAAGACGGUCACUGCCAUGGAUGUGGUGUACGCUCUGAAACGCCAGGGCCGCACUCUCUAUGGAUUCGGCGGCUGAGCAGAAAGCCCCCCUUUUCCAGCGAACCCAAAGGCUCUUUUCAGAGCCGCCCCCCCAAAUCUUCCCAUUGAGAGCGGAGACCUGAGGACGGAGAGGGCACAGAGGGAGGGGAUGCUGUUCUGUACCAGGUUAUUGCACGUUUAAUACACCACAUCGCGAUUGGUAAUCCUGCCCAAACACUAAUGUUAUAUAUUGCAGUAUUUGUAUUUCAUGCUUUGUGGGGAUAGUACUUUUGAGCUUUGAUCUUUCCAUCGGCCUGUUUCAAUGUGAGUUGUUAACAUUGACACAACACCACGUUAUACGGACAGGUUUAUUUGGAAGGCUACAAUGUCAAUUGUAUUCAGGUUCACUGCAAUUGAUUUUAAAAAGAUGUACUUAUGAAGGCUGAGAUUGGGUAACUUUGCCGAAGGACAGUGGGCCAUGUUUCAGUCUCUUUGUUUAAAGCGGCGCGGGUGCACAGCUUCAUUAACAACCGUUUCCCAUUCAGUUUGUCCGGGCUGUUAUACAGCCCGCGUUUUCCUCCUGCCUGUUCCAGACAGAUCAGGCAGUGAUCCCGCCUCCUGUCCGCCCUCACUGCUAACUGGAGUGUAAAAUACUGCUAUAAAGUAUCAACGUUUAUCUUAAUUGGAGCCCCAUGGUGUUUUGCUUCUUCAUGUUGAAUUUCAUCUCCGGCUUUGUGAGGGUGAAAUCGGCCGGCGGGCUUUUUGAAAUUGUCCAAGUGAAUCAAUCAGCCUCCAAUG